CCAGCCCCCUGCUGCCGGAGAGAGGCGCAGCCACAGAGACGCACACGGGGAAAGACGGUUUUCGGAUCUCCGCUCUGCCCUCAAUCCGGGCCUAAUGCUGUAGCAGACCGCGCGAGCGACAGACUACGCACUGAUUGAGUCAGCGAGGGAGCGCGCGGACCGGAGAGACGACGGGCUGCUCAUUCGUCUGUAAAUAUGGGCUGUACACUGAGCGCCGAGGAGCGCGCAGCUCUGGACCGGAGCAAAGCCAUCGAGAAGAACCUGAAGGAGGACGGGCUGGUCGCCGCCAAGGACGUCAAACUGCUCCUGCUCGGCGGCGGGGAGUCCGGCAAAAGCACCAUCGUCAAACAGAUGAAGAUUAUCCAUGAAGAUGGCUUUUCUGGGGAUGAUGUGAAGCAGUAUAAGCCUGUGGUUUACAGCAACACCAUCCAGAGUUUGUCAGCCAUCCUCCGGGCAAUGGACUCUUUGGGUAUCGAGUUUGGAGACAAAGAUCGAAAAGCGGAUGCUAAGCUGGUUUGUGAUGUGGUCAGUCGUAUGGAGGACACAGAGCCCUAUUCUGCAGAGCUGCUCGUUGCUAUGAAGCGUUUAUGGGCUGAUAACGGGACUCAAGAGUGCUUCAACCGUGCCCGGGAAUAUCAGCUCAAUGAUUCUGCUAAAUACUACCUAGACAGUCUAGACCGAAUCGGGGCAGCAGAAUACCAGCCCACAGAACAGGAUAUUCUGAGAACCCGAGUGAAGACAACUGGCAUUGUUGAAACCCACUUCACCUUCAAAAACCUCCAUUUCAGGCUCUUUGAUGUGGGAGGUCAAAGGUCAGAAAGGAAGAAAUGGAUCCACUGCUUUGAAGAUGUGACGGCCAUUAUCUUCUGUGUGGCUCUGAGCGGAUACGACCAAGUGCUUCAUGAAGAUGAAACAACUAACCGCAUGCACGAGUCACUCAUGCUCUUCGACUCCAUCUGCAACAACAAAUUCUUCAUUGACACCUCUAUCAUCCUCUUCCUCAACAAGAAAGAUCUAUUUGCUGAGAAGAUCAAGAAGUCACCGCUGACGAUCUGUUUUCCAGAAUAUACAGGUGCUAAUACUUACGACGAUGCUACCGCAUAUAUUCAAGUUCAGUUUGAGAGUAAGAACCGCUCUCCCAAUAAGGAGAUCUACUGUCACCUGACCUGUGCCACAGACACAGGAAACAUCCAGGUAGUGUUUGAUGCCGUCACUGACAUCAUUAUUGCAAACAACCUUAGAGGGUGUGGCUUAUACUGAGGCCUGACCAAGCACAGAGGUUGUCAUGGAGUGUAUGAGGUGUUAAUAUUGAUAAUUUUGAUGAUACUUAAACACAUAUGUAAUUCUACACGUCCAAAUGGACCCAAAGAGCUGCCGUCAGACACCACACUGGAUUAUUGCCAUGAUACUUCUUUUUGUCCUCCCUUCCUCAUAUUUUGAUUUCAGUGUACAAACUGUUUUUUCCUCAUAAAAACAUCUUGAGCUGAAUGUUUCAUUUGUUAUUAAUGGCUGUGUCAGCAACCAGGAAGGUGGAAACGGCAGCACCAGGGGUAGAGUCAGCUGGUGCCCUGUUUUGUAAAAAUCAACCCCAAAAUGCAACAAGUGUAGGAUGCCAUUUGAAAUACAAAUUCUUCACUUUUUAUGCACAAGUCUUGAGCCAUUUAUCUGUACUGAGCUUAACCGCUGGUGGUCCAUUUGAAGAGCUGCUGCAGGUGUGAAGGUGGUGAUGUGCGAGAGGCUGAGGGUCAUGGUUGGCAUGGAGGAGGUGACUGUAACGUUCAGGGACAACACUCCCCUAUUAUAAGUAGCCUGCUAGAAUGUUCUGCUGGUUUUCUGUAUAACAUAAUCAAAGAGAUGACUCCUGUAUUGAGAGCUUGGCCUCCUGUAGUGUGAUGAAAUGCCUGUCAGAUAUCCCAAAAAAAGUCAUAUCAGUGCCAACCAUCUGGUGACCUCAGAUAGGGGAUUAGGAUCAUAUUAUCAACAACUAUACAAAACAUUUUCUCAUCAAUUGAUUUAUUUAAGCCUCAUGCCCUACAUGCCUCCUCCUACCUCCUGAAAUCCCGUGCCACAUAUUUAUUUCCUGACCUAAGAAAACUGGGUAUACUAAUACCCGUCUCUGCUUCAGGGGGUAGAAAACAGCUCUCCACUGACUCCUUGUUUUCUCUGUGGUGCUUUACCCGCCCAUGUGAAUCCAUUUAGAAAUAGAAGACUGCACAAGGAGGCGAGCUAUCAUCUGAGGCAGCGUUUACUCUGCGCUCCUCUUAGAAGCAAACAGGGAACCAUGAUCCCCAUCUGUCACAUUUCUUUUCACAGAGGACAAAGUACAGCUUUCCAUUGUCACUUGUUGCACCCAGAAUUCCAGGUUCCCAUUCCCUUAUCCUCUUACCACUCGCAUAUCAUUCCCCAUUUUUACCUUAAAAGCACUGUACUGUAUAUAUUAUGAUUAUACCAGUUUGUUUUUUUUGUUUUUUUUACUGUGAAUGUUUUUGUGCUGCACCCCAACCUAUUUGGUAGUUUAUUGAUUGCUCUCAUGUGGAAUGUUUGUGCUGAGCCAAUCGAAUGUUGUGUUUACAUUAAAGCCACAAUUUUCCUAACUA